AUGGAUUUCGCCUCUGUCUUCGAAAUGACAGCAAUUGAUUGGGUACUUCUUGUUCUUUUGGUGGUGCUGUUUUGGAGAUGGUUGCGGAGACGCGGAGAACCGGAUGUUACACCACCUGUUCCACAUAAUGUUCCUCCUCUUCCGAAGCGUGAUAUGACCUUGGAAGAGCUGCGAAGAUUUGAUGGAGUUCACGACGAACAUAUACUGUUCGCGCUGAAUGGAACGAUUUAUGACGUAUCACGCGGUCGGAAUUUCUAUGGUCCUGGUUGUGCGUAUAGUGCGUUAGCAGGAAGGGAUGCGACGAGAUCCCUAUCUACCAUGAAUAUCAAAGAUGUUAGAGAUGAGUGGGAUGACCACGAAGAUUUGACAAGUGCUGAAAAGGAAAGUGCCAAUGAUUGGGAAAUGUCAUUGAAGUACAAGUAUCCAACUGUUGGCAAACUUAUCAAAAGUGAAGCAGAACGCACCGAUUACGGUGGCCAAAUUUCUACGAUACAAGUAUAA